CAGGGGCGGGGCCAGCGCCCGAGUCCAGCAGCGCUGCCUGCCCGCGCCAGGCACAUCCCCGCUGCCCGGGGAGCGGAGCGCCGGCUGCAGCGAAAGCGGAGCGACUCCGGAUUGCCCGGGGAGCGGGAGAAGGGCUCCCGGGCGCAUGAGAUCCGGCGCGCUGUCCACCCGCCGGCCCCCGCGCUGAGCCGAGCCCUGCCCGUGGCCGGGAACCCGCUGCGGGCGGCUCUCCUCGCCGGAGCCCGAGCCCAGGAUGGUGUGGGAUGAGCGGGUGGCUGCCCUGUUCCGGAGGAACCUGCAGCCCACCCUCACCUACUGGAGCGUCUUCUUCAGCUUCGGGCUCUGCAUCGCCUUCCUGGGGCCCACCCUGCUGGACCUGCGCUGCCAGACCCAGAGCUCGCUCUCCCAGAUCACCUGGGUCUUCUUCUCGCAGCAGUUCUGCCUCCUGCUCGGCAGCUGCCUCGGGGGAGUCUUCAAGAGAACGUUGUCUCAGUCCCUGGUCGCCCUCUUUGCGUCGUCCCUCGCCAUCUCUGUGGUCUUUGCCAUCAUCCCUCUCUGCCACAAUGUGGUGGUGCUGGCUGUGGUCAUGGCCGUGGCGGGACUGGCUAUGGGAUGCAUCGACACCAUCUCCAACAUGCAGCUGGUGAAGAUCUACCAGAAGGACUCGGCCAUCUUCCUGCAGGCCCUUCACUUCUUUGUGGGGUUCGGGGCCCUGCUGAGCCCACUGAUAGCUGACCCUUUCCUCUCGGACACCAACUGCAUCCUGUCUAACUCCACGCUCAACGCCACCAGCAACCUCCCUCACAUCCGCAAGUCGUUGGUCCCCCACCAUCCCGGCAACCUGUCGCAGUACGAGCUGCCAAUGAAAGGGAUGGUGGUGACGCGCGUGUCCUAUGCUUUCUGGAUCAUGGCCCUGAUCAACCUGCCAGUCCCCAUCGCGGUGUUCUUCCUGCUCUACAAGGAAAGGCUGGUGCCCUGUUUCAAUAACGGGCGCCGCCCGCUGCUGUCUGCAGACGAACUGGCAAUGGAAACGCAGCCAGCCGAGAAGGAGAAUCAUUCCGUCGCGUUGCAGAGAGCCCCGCCAGACAGAGCGCAUGACGACCUAUUUAGCUGCUGCCAAAGCAAAAACUUCAGAGGAGCUCCUUACUCCUACUUCGCAGUCCACGUCGCUGGGGCUCUUGUCCUCUUCAUGAGUGACGGGAUCAUAGGCGAGUACUCUGGGUUCGUAUACAGCUAUGCAGUGGAGGAACCUCUCUCUGUGGUUCACAAGGUGGCUGGCUACCUGCCGAGCUUAUUCUGGGGGUUCAUCACACUAGGCAGGCUCGUCUCCAUCCCUGUGUCCUACCGAAUGAAACCUGCAACCAUGGUGACCAUAAAUGUGGUUGGAGUGCUUGCAACUUUCCUCCUGCUCCUGAUUUUCUCCUACAGCGUUGUCUUCCUGUUUGUGGGCACAGCGUGCCUGGGUCUCUUCCUCAGCAGCACCUUCCCCAGCAUGCUGGCCUACACGGAAGACAUCCUCCAAUACAAAGGCUGUGCCACGACAGUAUUAGUCACUGGAGCUGCAAUUGGAGAGAUGGUGCUACAGUUACUCGUGGGGUCGAUUAUCCAUGAUCAGGGCAGCUACAGUUUCCUGGUUUGUGGGAUGAUCUUUGGAGGUUUGGCCUUUAUGUUCUACACUUUCCUUUUGUUUUUCCACAGGAUGUACCCCAAGCCCUCAUCAGCAGUGGAUGCCUCCUCACCUGACAAGCCAGCAAUGAUGGGCGACCCUAGACUUUAUCAGCGCUAAAAUGAAAGUAUAACCCUGGACAAUAAGUUAUGUAUUUGCAAUAAACACAAAUCAUCAAGCAUUACUAGGAAGGAUGAUUUCACACUAAUGACGUGGUAAAUUACCUGAGUUUUCUGCAAUCAAAAAUGUUAAAUUUGAAUAAGUCAGAACCAACCAAACAUCCCAAGUCACCUUGGGAGGCUAAGUACAGCCAGCAGAAGUUGCUCAUGUCUGUUAUUCCACUAAGAAGGUCAAACUGCAGAAUCCUGGAAAUCUGCAAUUUAUGGCAGCUUGGUGGAGAAAAAUUCCUCUUGUAAGCAAGCUUCUCUUCAGAGGAAAGGCUGGAAGUUGUAAGUCUUACUGUUUCAUGUGUCCUAUUUUGCGUAUCAUCACCUGGUUUAGAGUUACUAUAACCAAUAGGUUUCAGAGGAACAGCCGUGUUAGUCUGUAUUCGCAAAAAGAAAAGGAGUACUUGUGGCACCUUAGAGACUAUUUUAUUUAUGCUCAAAUAAAUUGGUUAGUCUCUAAGGUGCCACAAGUACUCCUUUUCUUUAUAACCAAUAGGUUUCUCUAUUGGUGUGUAAGCACAGGACCCCUUUGUAGCCAUGGUCCUGACAACCUACAGCACCAGUUCUAGCUUUUAAUUAAUACAGAACAAUCCUCUGCGUAAGGCUGCACUGCAAGAGUGGUUCAGAAUUAGUUUUCCAGCAACCAGAUCUGGAAGAGUAUCCAGGCUUCAAAUAUGCUCCCAAACGGGAAAUCACAAUAUUAGCAGAAAACACCAGGUGCACUUUGAUAACAGGAUCAAUCUAUAUUACACAGUAUCAGAUAUGUUCAUUGCAGCAGAGCCAUAAUCAAUGGGCUCUAGCAUACAAAGUAUUUAAAUUAGUUAUAUAGCAGAGGAAAAAGUGACUUUUGCUUAAGUCACUGGUAAACUGCAAAAGUGACUGGUUCAAGUAGCAGUGUUUUGGGGAGGUUUGUAGUCUUGCUUCUAUCUGAAACCUUAAGCAGAUGCAUCUAGGCUCCACCUCCACCCAUUUAAUCUGUGCAAUAACCUCUACAAAAGGUGCCUUCCAUGAGAGAAACUCUCGAGGUACUGUAUACCCCAAGAAUGAUCUGUUGCUAGCUUUCUGGAGAUACUUUAGGAAAGUUUGAAGAGAAAGUCUUUAGUGUGAUUGUAUGUGGAUGGAUGUACAUGUGUGUGUGUAUAUAAAGCAAUGUUAAUUAAAAGUGAUUACUAUAUUCUCA